AUGUUUUUGUUACUCCGCUUCCGCCUUCCAGCGUUCUCGCCGUGUCAUGUGGACGUCAACCACCCCCGACUGACAGGCUUCUUCUUCUGGGGGGGAAUUGAAAUCAGCUCAGCGACUCCUCCAGGAAACCUCCACCGGGGAUCUGAAGGACUCUCCCCCCCCGCGGCACAGACUCUCCUCCACGGCGUUUCGGAAGGCCGGAGCCCCGCGGAGAGCGAUGGCGGACGGGGAACGGUCGCCGCUGCUGUCCGAGCAGCACGACGGGACCACCGGCUUCUCUCCUCCGGGGGGCAGCUCCCGAGGAUACCCGUCCAAACCGCAGAGUUUGGUGCCGUUCCCCAGCUCGGUGGUCCAAGGCGAGCCUCCGCCCCCUUACUCGCCGCAGGGCAGCCCGGACAGCGGCAGCGCUCCGGUCAUCAGCUGCCGGGUCUGCCAGAGCUCCAUAUCCGUGGAGGGCAAAACGCACCAGCACGUGGUGAAGUGCAACAUCUGCAACGAAGCUACGCCAAUAAAGAACGCUCCUGUCGGAAAGAAGUAUGUCCGCUGUCCGUGCAACUGUCUGCUGAUUUGCAAAGUCACGUCGCAGAGGAUCGCCUGUCCAAGACCGUACUGUAAACGCGUCAUCAACCUGGGCCCAGUUCACAUCGGCAGGGACAGUCCUGAACCACAGCAUCAGCCCGUUGGCAUCCGGAUCAUCUGCGGACACUGCUCCAAUACAUUCCUGUGGACGGAGUUUUCAGACAGGACCUUGGCCCGAUGUCCACACUGCAGAAAAGUCUCUUCUAUUGGUCGGCGGUACCCCAGGAGGAGGAGCCUGCUGUGCUUCCUGCUGUUCGUCGUCCUCGUCGCCUCCACUGCCGGACUCGUGGUCGGCACGUGGAAACCCGCCCAGAACUCUAAAGGGAUCUACGUUUCGUGGGUGCUGCUGAUCCUGCUCGCCCUGUUCACCAUGGCGAGAACCAUCUACUGGAGGUGUCUGAAAAUCAGCGACCCCAUAUCCAACAUCACGUAGACACAGGGAAGGAGAGAGAAAGGGGGAGGGGGGGGGAGGAAAGGGAGGAAGGAGGGUGAGAGGGCUAGAGGAUGAGGAUGAAGGAAUCCGUGAGUCCCCGUUACUAAAUUUCACAGAGAAAGUGAACAAAAGCUGCCGAAGAGUGAAGACAAAGAGAGAUUAGUAGGUGUAUUUGAGAUAUUAAAAAUAAAACUCCAUGUUAAAUUAGAUUUAUCAUAAAUAUGAGCUGCCAGUUUGUCAAAGACAUGGAGUUUAUUCUCCAGUGUCUUCAAUUCACCAUCACGCAUCAGGGUUAGGUUUUUUUUUACACGUUUUGAUGAAUGGAUAAAACUAAAAGUGUGUUUGAGAUAAAGACCGGCUGAACAAAAGAGAGCAAGAAAAACUUGAAAUAUUAGUUUCUGCCCCCGUAGAUUUCUUCUAAGUUGGACUAACAUGUUGUUUCGAAGCCUGAUGGUGCUAUUUUUCAAUUAGAGCUGCCAGCAGCUGUUAUGUUCACAACAAUAUCUUUUAAAAGGGUACAUUUAACAUUUUUGUGCCCCAGAAUUAUAAGGAUUCAUUGUUUCCUCAAGAGAAAUAAAAAAAAAAGUAACAAGAUUCAGGUAAACUGUUUUAUCAGAGGAGCCUUGGUUUGUUUUGAGGGAUGAACGCAGUGCAGGAGGUGUUUUAGUUGGCGUUUAAGUUGUGUACUCAUACCAAAUGGGAGCAAAACAAUAAUGAAUCCUAAUCAAACUGUUGGAGGGACGAAACAAGCUUAUUUUUGUUUUUUUUUAAAUGAAAUUCAUUUCAACCUUUGACUCUUCAUUCUCUGUCACUUCUUAUUCUCUCUGUAAAUCCAGACUGAAGAGGGUUUGUUCCAAACUCAAGUGAAUCCCACGUUACUGCUUUCAAAAUGAGAAUUAAAAGAUAAAAUAAAUGACACUGAAGACAAUGAAGAUAGAUACCUCUCUUACGUCUGUAAUAGUAAAUUUGCUGCCACAGCUAUUAGCUCCAUAGUUAAUGCACAGUCCUGAGAGUGGUAUCGAUCUUCUCAUCAAACUCUUGGCAAUAAAGUGAAUAAGUGUAUUUCCCAAACUAUUCUUUUAACAGAUACUUCAGCGAUUACAUUCAAAUUGAAGCUGAUUUGUUUAAGAAAUCUCUUCAGUCAGUCAGUUUUUUUUGGGAUCACCAUAUGAACAAACCACAGAGUACCGAAAACAUCUCAAUAACCACAUAAACUCAAAGUGCACAUAUCAUUUAAAUACAGUUUUAUGUUUCAAGGAAUCACAUAUGCGUUUUGUUUUUGGGGGCAUUGCUCAUUAAAUGGAAAGAUUAUUAGGGUUAAGUGCUUGAAUUAACUGCUGUAAAUGUUUUAUUCACGCAGGAGGGCUUUCUUACAUCCUGAGGAGUGUUUAUGUGUGAUUAAAAUGUGCUAUUUUCACAAUAUUUAAAACAUGCUUGUGGUAAAAAAAAAGCAGAGACGAUAGACGGGCAUUAGUUCAGAGUAAGUGGCAUCAUUUUCUUUAUAUUUUUUUGAAAGUUAGUCUAGUAUGUCAGCGUUCAGAUCAUCUCACACAGGGAUUUAGGGGCAUUCACUUUAAUUUACCUAUGUGUUUUUCAUAUCAAAGAUACUUAAAAGUUCUAGGCUGACAAAAUGAUAAUUCAACAUAUAACAUACUUCAGAAGUAAACUCUUCAUAUUCCGCUAAAUGCUUUUAAACUGAAACCUGCAAGUUUUACCUGUUUGAGUCACUGAUACAAACCACUUGAAGCACACACAGGGAUUGGUUUAUUUAUUUAUCUUCUCUCUUUUUAAAUCACAUCCGUCUUAUUUGAAUCAAACUGAAACGAGCUGACACGCUACUAAAACCUGUUCGUGUCUCGUUCUCUGUUAAAGUGUAAAUAUAUAUUCAGUGGAUGUUGAUUAUUUUUGGUCUGUACAGAAUUAUCAGAGCUGUUGCUUCCCUUGUGGCUGAUUAAUGUAAGUACCCGCUGACUGUGAAACAUGUUGCACUACAUUGUACUGAUGUACUACUACUGUAUGUUUUUGUCAAUAUUAUUCCGGUGGAUGGAUUGUUUUUUUGGUUUUUUUUUGUAUAAUGUGAAGCAAAGUAAUACUUUUAACAAGGUC